AUGCAUUACACUUUAUGUAAAAGUUUCGCAGAUGACUGGCAUGUAUUGGCGCAAAACUCAGAUGACAAUGGCACAGAAUUCGCUUCGAUUGUGGAACACCGCAAGUACCCCUUUUUCGGGACACAAUUUCAUUCCGAAUCGGACUGCCCCGAGCAUUGUAUUAAAGUGAGAGAAUAUUUAGCAAAGUUCUUUGUAGACGAGUGCCGUCGUUGCAGUAAUCGAUUUGAAAACGCCGAAGAGGAAAAGCGACAUUUAAUACAAAAUUUUCCUGUCGAAUAUGAAGAAAACAAAAAUAUACGGGCGUUUGGCGAAUGCCCUGAUUACCCUGAGUAAAUGAAAUUUACGAAAUACUUAUAGUUUAAAAAAAAAACAAUUUGUGAUAGUCGAAGGCUGUUUAUUAUAAUUUUCGAAUUCACUGUGAAAACGCACUUCUGUGUAUAAUUUAUGUUAAUCUUAAUGAUAAUAAAAUUAAUGAAAUAACAAUCGUCAA